GAUGAUCAGCCGCCUGUGCGCAUGAGAAAGAAGAAGGUGAAGGACUCUACUGCACCAGCUGUGGAUAUUGGCUCAGUUAAAUCAGAGGAAAGUCUCCAGGUCACAGCAGACAUGAAGCAGGAUCUCUGUGUGACACUUAACACAGAAAAUAUGACUCCAGAUCAACCUGAUAACAAACUUGUCAAAGAGAGCGAUGGCAGUGUAUCAGAGAGAGAUGAAUCCCAAAGCACUCCCAAAUCUAGGCCUGUCUCUGAACUCAUAAAGGAGACCAUUCAACUGCAUGAAAAGCUGCAGCACCAGGACCGGCCAAAGCCAGCUGAAGUCAAGUCUGACGAGCAGGGUCAGUCUGUGAAGGUGGCACAGAUGAAGGCGGCUUUCGACUCAGCUCAGAAAUCCCCGGACAAGGCAGUCGAGAGGAAGCCAUCGAUGCGGAAAGAUAUGAUACGACGAGUCGUACGGCAGAGCAAAUUCCGUCACGUCUUUGGCCAGGCGGUAAAGAAUGACCAAUGCUACGAUGAUAUCCGGGUGUCAAGGGUCACAUGGGACAGCGCCCUCUGUUCAGUCAACCCCAAGUUUGUUGCCCUAAUUGUUGACGCCAGUGGCGGUGGAGCUUUCCUCGUUCUCCCUCUUCAUAAGACGGGACGCAUUGACAAAUCCUACCCCACAGUGUGUGGACACACAGGCCCGGUGUUAGACAUUGACUGGUGCCCCCACAAUGAUCAGGUCAUUGCCAGCGGCUCCGAGGACUGCACAGUGAUGGUGUGGCAGAUUCCUGAGAAUGGCCUUGUCACUGCCAUGUCAGAGCCAGUCGUGGUACUGGAGGGCCACUCCAAGCGUGUUGGCAUCAUCACAUGGCACCCAACAGCACGCAACGUCCUUCUUAGUGCAGGUUGCGACAACCAGAUCAUCAUCUGGAACGUGGGCACAGGUGAGGCUAUGAUUACCCUGGAGGACAUGCACCCUGAUGUCAUUUACAGCGUGUGCUGGAACCGCAACGGUAGCCUUAUCUGCACCUCCUGCAAGGACAAGGCUGUCCGUGUCAUCGACCCUCGCAAGGAGAUGAUUGUCGCUGAGAAGGAGAAGGCACAUGAGGGCGCUCGACCCAUGAGGGCCAUUUUCCUUUCUGACGGCAACAUCCUCACCACAGGUUUCAGUCGCAUGAGUGAGAGACAGCUAUCCCUCUGGAACAUGCAAAACAUGGAGGAGCCCAUGACUGUUAAUGAGAUGGAUACCAGCAACGGAGUGCUCUUGCCCUUCUAUGACCCAGACACCAAUGUUGUUUACCUCUGUGGGAAGGGUGACAGCAGCAUCCGUUACUUUGAAAUCACAGACGAGGCUCCAUAUGUUCACUUCCUCAACACCUUCGCCACCAAGGAGCCACAGAGGGGAAUGGGCUACAUGCCCAAGAGGGGCCUCGAUGUCAACAAGUGCGAAAUUGCGAGGUUCUAUAAACUGCACGAAAGGAAGUGUGAGCCUGUCGUGAUGACUGUACCCAGAAAGUCGGACCUGUUCCAGGAUGACUUGUACCCAGACACGGCUGGACCCGACCCCGCCCUGGAGGCUGAGGAGUGGUUUGAGGGCAAGAAUGGGGACCCCAUCCUCAUCUCCCUCAAGAACGGCUAUGUCCCGGGCAAGAACCGCGAAUUCAAGGUGGUCAAAAAGAACGUUUUGGACAGCAAGGUGAACAAGAACUCAGAGAACUCGACCCCUGCCAACAAGUCUGCCUCCCCGACUCCCUCGAUUAAAUCUGAAGCCAAGCUGGAGGAGAUCUUGAAAGAAAUCAAAUCACUCAAGGACCUGGUCAGCAGUCAGGAGAAGCGAAUCAUCAAACUUGAAGAGCAAAUGUCCAAAAUUGCUAUUUAGGGACCCUUUACCCAACCCGCUACAAUUCAGGACGUUCCAUUGGCUGGGGGGAGGGCGGGACCAGUCACUGCCUAUCUCAAUGACAGUGUUUCGUCUGAGGCCUGCCUAGAAACGAUCCCUAGCAACAUUCCAGAUGAACUUUUUCUUAGCCAACCCCCGACCCUCACUUUAACACAGGUGGAAUAAGGACGUGUGGCAAAUUUAGCAGAAAAUACUCUUUUGCUUUUUGGUGACAAAGGACUCUUUUCCUUUUUAUUGUGUGGCAGUCUUUUUUUUUUUUUUGUCUACUUGCAUUAAAAAAGGUCUUACACAUAUGCCUUUGCAUUUUAGAAAAUUCCAACAUGUCAUCACAUACCUAAAUAUGUUUUUUUAAUGUAGGUGUCAGUGUUUGAUGUUACCAAACCCCAAAAUUGCAAUGUUGCCAAAUUUUGAAAUUUUGUUUACACCUCCUUAACAGUAUUUCUUUCUCUCCAUUUGUGGGAAGAUUCAAAAUGCAAACAGGUACAAUUCAGCGCAGUAGACCGGCUAUCUAAGGAGGAGAAAAUCAUCAACAACCUAAUAAUAAAUUGGACAGUUAUGCGAGGAAGACAGACAUCUCAAACUCUGUAAUUAGUCGGGAAAUAAAUUCAGUUUGGAGUUUAGCUGCCACAGUCUGCACCAAGCACACAGACGUAAACGACAAGUCUCGCCGUCUGUGUUGAAGCUGUUCAAACUAACACCUGCUCUCUGCUGUUUCUUCUCAUUCCUGCUGCUUCCCAUCAUUCUGACUGUGGACAGUAGUCCGCGUAAACGUGCAUUCCUUCCUCUCCUGCUUCAUUAACAUGCACUGUAAAUGACAAACACAUUCCACAAAUCUCAUUGGCAGUUCCUGAUGGGUGGGGGGGAAAUAUACUUCUCUUUCUGUAAACACUCUACUGUAGUGACUCGAGUUAACACUGGUUGGUUUGUUAUUGUGACAUGUACGUGCUGCCCAUGAAAAGACCCAACUGUGGAUUUUUCGACCUCAGCUCUGCUUUGUUUUUGUUCGAGGUUCAGUCACCAGACCUCAGUGUUAGGUAUCCACGGGUUUUUUUCUUUUUGCUAAACACACAAGUGCAGUCAAGUGUAGUCAGAUUAUUUUUUGUCACUGUUCCUUCUGCAUUUGUAAUCCAACUCAGAUGUGUGUUGUCUGUACAAACAAAACAGGAAUAGAUGUGACACAUGACACCAAGUAAUCACACGUUGACUUGACUAUUUAAAAAAAAAAACCAUCUGGUGAUUUAAAAAAACUGGAGAUUGCUACAGAAGCUGUUCAUGAUAGACCUCAAAGGCCUGGAUUGUGUGUGAAUAUGUGCCUCAUGUCUUUGGUCUUUUGGGUACCUGUCACUUUGGAUGUUCCUGCUAUGUUUCUUUACUGGGUGGAGGGGAGGGGGUGGGCUCAUAAAAAGGACUCACAUGAAGAACGUCCAAGACUUGCCUUGAACUUGGACUGAAUUGAAUAGUUGGGUUAAUGCUUCACUGUUAAUUUUAGCCUGUUUCUUGUUCCAGCUGUGCUUAUAUCCCUCUUAGCACAUCCACUUCCUUGUUUUUUAAAGGUUAUUUCUCACAUUUCUGCCCCCCCCUUUUUUUUUCAGUAUAGUUAUUCCAAAAUCAAAAGGAACCAUUGGAAUUGAACCCUCUUCCUGAUGUUUUAGAUUUGUUUCCCAGGGGGAAGCUGAGACGGGUAAAUGGUUCAGUCUGUUAUUUGCCUUUAAUAUUUGUUACCACUGUAAAGACCUGAAAGUGCCAUAGAGGUGACCAUGGAAGUGUUUGUAGGGGACUGUUGUGUGAGUAGAUGUGUGUAGUAAAUGAAGAGUCGAUAGGUGCCCGGAUUUAAAAACCACUUUGAGGUGCUAUACGCUAUAAAGGACCCUGUUCCUUCAGUACUGUAUGUCAGCCCCCUCAAUGACAUCAUGAAGUCCUGCCAGUCCAUCCCACAAUACACCAGGCAGCGAUACUGCUCCGAGGGGCGGUUGCAGGGGAUUUGUUAGAAGCAUUGCACCCCCUGACAUUUUGACACUUUCCACCUUGGUACGGGUAUUCAAAAACAUCUUCGACAAUGAUGUCAAACCGAGAAGCUGUCGGCUGAGCUUGUCAUCGUGGCUUCAAGAUUCAAUCUGAGCAUCGAGUCGUAGAAUAUUAGUGGCAGAGUGCUACAGAAAUGUGGGUCUGACACAAAUUAUACUGCCCUAUCUUGUAUAUCAGACUGCCACUCUGGGUUUAUUUUUUUUUAUAGCACUGUUGGCACGAGAGCUCAGAUUUGAGGAGUUAGUAGUGAAUAGCGAUCCAAAGGGACACUGUAGGUUGGAGAAAUGUGCAGUUGAAAGAUAGAUGUAUGUUUGUAAUUAAGGUCUAGAGAAAUGAGUGAAAGCUGUGUAAAUAACAUGACCAUAUUUUCUGUAUUUUUUUUUUUUAUUAUUAUUUUUUUCAUUUUGUGGUUGUGCUGAAGAGGGUAUUUGUAUGGGAGGUGGGUUUUAAAUGUUUCCCCUUGUCUGUGUUCCCUGCACCUUGCCAUAAUGCAUCAUGAGAAAAGCAGAGCCUCUGUUACGUCGGAGCUCUCACGAAUAUCAAGAAAGAAAAUCAGAUGAAAACGAACCAGGAUGAAGCCUCGUGUGGAGGCCUGCUCAGCAUUUUUGUUCAUUAUUCUUGCUUCAAGUAUCAAACAUUGAUUAUAAGAAAAAUUAAUAAAGAAUUUUUAAAAUGGA